UGGCCGAUCAAAAAUGUUUGAGGCGCCACCUGCAUCUGCGGAAUACUUUACUCAGAGUUCUCCCAUACAUCAUUAUUGGCUUUCCCCUUCGAUCGAAGUCCCACAUUUGGGCAUGGCGGGAGACCAGGCCCAAGCCGUACUCUAGCCGGUGCUUCAGUACUGUACCCCAGGUUCCAAGGUAUCGCGAGAUUCACUGCAACCUUUGGCCAUUCUUCACCCCCUGCAAUAAUCCUUUGGGACCUCUUGAGCAAACGAAAUACCUCUAGAGGCACGGACGGUGCAGCAUAUUCUCUGAGCAUGUGAACUCGUUCGACAUCCCCCAUCCGCCGCGGCCGCCAUGGCUACCUCUAUUCUUGAUAUCCAGCGAAGUAUCAUACUAGACACAAUCCGAACGACCAGCGGUCGAGACUGGAAGGUGCUGGUCUUGGACGAGCAAAGCAGGCAACUCGUUUACAAUGUGACGAGAGAAGACGACAUACUCAACGCCAAUAUUACCAACAUUGAACAAAUCGAAGAGCGCAGGCAGACGCUCUCCGAUACAGACGCAAUCUACCUGCUCUCUCCGCUGCCACACAUUGUCGAGUGUCUCAAGGCUGACCUCGGGCGAAAACGAUACCGUCGGGCACAUCUGAUUUGGACUUCGCAAUUACCACGUGCGUUAGGAGAAGAGAUCUUUCGUUCAGAGUCACGAGCACGCUUGAUCGUCGAGUCUCGGACUCUGAACAUCGACUUUUUCCCAAGAGAGUCAAACCUCAUCACUUUUCGAGAACCGUGGAGUUUCCACCUCCUCUACCAUCCCGCCUGCGAUGCUCUGGUCAAGAAUCACUUGGACGCCUUGACUCAGAAGAUUGUAUCUAUAUGCGUUUCUUUGGGCGAAUAUCCUCUUAUCAGGUUUUACAAACCUCGAGAUCACGAUAGACACCCGGCAGAAGUCCUCUGUUACCACUUGGCAAGUUUUAUCCAGGCCGCAUUGGACAACUAUGCCCGCGACGAACGCAACGAUUUCCCUCCACAAAACCUUUCCUCUCGACCACGGGCAGUACUUCUACUCACAGCCAGGUCCAUGGAUCUCAUGUCUCCCUUUGUCCACGAGCUCACGUACCAAGCGAUGGCCAUGGAUCUGCUCCCGAUCAGAGAUGACGACGACAAAGUCACAUAUAGAAACAUUAUCCGACGGGGACAGCCCGACCAAGAAGAAAAAGACGUGGAGAUCACGGAGAAGGACAACCUCUGGGUUGCCCACCGCCAUAUGCACAUGAAAGAUCUGCUAGUGAAACUAAGCGAGGAGUUCAGGAAGUUUCAAGCACGAAAUCCUCAAUUUGCCGAUAACGACGGUCAGCCCGCUAGUAUCAACACCAUCAAAGAUAUGUUAGCAGGACUCCCUGAAUUCCAGGAAGGCAAGGAGGCCUUCUCUCUACAUAUUGACAUGGCCGAAAAGUGUGCCAAAAUAUUCGCAGACCACAAAUUGUUAGACGUGGUAUCCGUCGAACAGUCGCUCUCUACCGGCAUGGACGAAGACAACAAGAGGCCCAAAAACCUGGCAGAUCAAAUCGUGCGGCUGCUGGAUGACGACAGUGUCAUUCAUGAAGAUCGUGUGAGACUUCUAAUAUUGUACAUAUUGUACAGGAGUGGCAUUCUCCGUGGUGAUAUUGAGAAGCUACGUUGUCACGGCCAGCUCUCACCAAUGGAUGGGGAGAUCAUUUACAACCUUAUCACCUUAGGUGCGCGAGUUGAGAAGCAGCUGAAGGAUACCACACUACCACCACCACCUUUAUUUCCACCGCGCAUCAGAGAUACCGGUAACGUUGAGGAAGUUAGCCUGUCGCGGUUUGAACCAGCUCUAAGGUACAUGCUUGAAGAGCAGUGUCAAGGGACUCUGGACACAACCGUGUUCCCUCCCGUCAAGCCGCACUUGAAUGAUCCCAACAUGGCCGGCAUGACUUCCCAGACGUCUCUGAGGAAUGCCGGAAAACCUACAUGGGCGCAGACUCGGUCGCAGUCGAACAAACCCCGUCAGCGAAUUAUCGUAUUUAUGGCGGGCGGCGCGACAUAUGCUGAAGCCAGAGCCUGUUCCGAGGUAUCCCGUAUGGCUGGAAAGGAAAUCUUCCUAGCAACCACUCAUAUGCACACACCGAAGAGUUUCUUGCGGCAAGUGAGCCUUCUCAGUACCGGUCGAAAACAGUUAGACCUACCCGCGGAUCGACCGGCUCCCAAGUUACCUGCCUGGAUUUCGGAGCCUCCUCCACAGGCCCAACAACCCGCAAGACCUCAAGCUCCUCCAAAUGGUAGACCGUCUGACCCGACGAGGCCGCCCACGGAGGCCAUGCAAAGGAUGAAUAUUGCUGGAGGACCACAGAAUGGCACUCGGCCGGGUCAUCAGAGGGCUCCGGAAAGCUGA